CAGUUGACACAAGCUGUAGGCCGAACAGGUACUUACUGCUACGGUAGGAAUCGUCAUACUUCGACAUACCAUUGCCAGAACAGCGAUGACCUUGGUGUUUUCCCACUUGAGAGCAUACGGGUAACGGGUACAUUACGAGUGCACAAUCUUGUUUCCUUCCUUUCUUUCGACGCGUUGUUUGCGAGUACUCGUACCGUACGAGUGCGAACACUCUGUCUGCGUCUGAGCCAUGGUUGUAGGGGACGAUCCUACAGCGUCGCGCUCCGAUCUUUCCUUCCAAAAAAUGCAAGAUCCGAAGACGCGAACACUCUUCGAAGAGAGCGAUGACGAGAGCACGAGCGAACGGGCCACAGGCGGCGAUUCUUUGGACUUGGAUUCGAAUUCGAAUUCGAGUACCGAGUCCAACGGCGAUUGGGAUGACAUUGCGACUAGCCAUGGCAACGGCAGCGCAAAAACACCAACACCACAAUCACGCGCAAGGUCCUCCGUCAACGAGUGCGACGUCCUGCUUGCCAGCGACCUCAACAAGCUCUCCUUUGCCGAGAGGGAAAUGAUCAACGACGAGAUCCACGGAAUCGGCGUCGAGCGGGAGUACAGCAUCCGGCACGGGGUAGUAGAGGAGACUCCCGCGAUGCUCGAAGAAUCCUUCCGGGCCCUGGCGGAGGAGCUGGAGAAACUCCGCCAGGGGGGACACGCCCCGGCCUUUGACCGUUGCCAGCAGCUUCUAAGGGAGGAAGCAGCAGCGCAGAACGAGACACCGAACGAAUCUAAGAAGAAAAAGACAAAGACCAAGCCUACGCCGUGCUACGUCAACGAGCAGGACUUUCGCAUCCUGUUCCUCCGCUGCGAGCGCUUCGAUAUUGCCAAGGCGGCCAGGCGCCUUUGCGCCUACAUGGACUUCACCCGGGACCUCUUUGGGGACAAGGUCUUGCGGCGCCGGAUCCGUCUCUCGGACAUGACCGACAGCGAGAUAGAUCACAUCGAGAAGGGCUACACCCAGUUGGUCCCGGGUCGGGACAGGGCCGGCCGCCGGGUCUACGUCCACACUGCCACCGACAACGACAUGGACAACACGGAAUUCACGAGGGCGGAGCACAUGGCCUCCCGUAUGCGCAUCUGUGUGUUUAUGAUCAUGGCGCUACUGGAAGGGGACGUCAAGUCGCAGCAACUGGGAAUCGUUUGCCUCUUUUUCUUUCACUACGCCAGGAUCGACGAGGAGGAGUUCACCUGGAGGAGCAAGAGCCAGUCGAAAUGUGUUGCCGUUAUUCCGCUCCGGGUGGGGGCUGCGCACUACUGUUUCCCGACAGAGGAGUACUCGGACCUGAGUCUCAUCAUGAAGAAGGUCCAGAGCGAGACGAGGUCCAGGGUACGGGUGCACACGGGUGAGUAAAACAAUCCUGGGAAGGGACCGAAGUCGGUCGAACGAACGAAUACUACUUUUGGAAUGAACGACGGAUCGACUGUAGUUCUUGGCAGGAAUGCAAUGCGCGUGGUACUGUUGCAGCUCCAUUGCGAACUAAUUUAGUUUUCUCCUUUUUGUUUCAUGUAUUUUCAUGUAUACCCACACCUGUCUUUCCCCUCUCCUUCUCUCUCUGACACAACGCUCAGGCACCUCCGCCGAGUGCAUGCGCAUCCUCCAGUCCUUUGGAAUCCCCACUGCCAACAUACCCCUAAACACAUCGACGGGGGAGCUCGAUCUGACCAACCACAAAAAGUGGGUGGAAUUCUGCCGCACCAAGGAAGCGAAGUACCUUGGUGAUUUUGGCGUAUCCCUCCGACAGCGCAUCAUCGAGUGCCCCAAGCACAGCGACAUUUUGUUCGGCCGGGGACAGGUUGUCAUGAAGCACCCCGGGAACGUCAUGUUCCGGAACCUCGUUCAGUCCAAACUGGCGGAGUACUCUAGCAUCAAAACCAAGAAGGAAUCGACCAACCUUACAUGGGAGAUUGUUAGGAUCCUCAAAAACCAGUACGGAGCCCGCUUUCUCAAGGAGGAGCUCAUGGAAUCCGACGGUCUGUGCUGGGUCGAGGCCACCAACGAGGUCGCCCGAAGGAAGGUGCGGAUCGCCUUUCGGGACGCCCGGUCUCGCCAGAAUAAGUUAAACAAUAGCUGCAGCAAACAAGUGAUAGAUGGGGGAGGCACCAAAUCUAAUAAAAAGCAAAUACAACAUCCCAAGCAGAAGGCGGGAGGGACCAACAAUAAAUCAACGGGAAGGUGGGAGCAAAACAAGGGCGACUGGGGUGUAACCAACUCGACGGGAGCAGCUGCACCAUCAACAACAAACACAAUCUCGGCACUGGAUCCAAAUCUACUACCUUCUCCCGUGCCGUGCUUCAGACCAUUUGUCCAAGCGAUGGACGAGCUGUCCGAGGAUUUCUUUGUUAAGCCGCAGCAGCAACAGCAACCGGAUCUGUCCCUUGCCGGACCACAGGCGGUUCACUCAAUGGGUCCCAUGAUCAGCAGCUGCAACGCAAAUCACAACAACUACAAUCUUAACGAUAACCUCCACGGUGGCUUUCCGGAAUAACCACUCGAGGAACUGAUAGAAAAUGGAUCAAACAAGCUGCUUCCGAUGAUGGAUGGUGGUAGUGAUGGCGCUUCUCUUUGCACCUUUGGGGGCAACUACAUCGACACAACCAAUAUUUUCUUCACUAUGGACGACGAGAUCGGGGCCCAGUCCCCGCGACAGCGGACUUUGCACCACGGCGGCUUUGGUUGCGACCAGAAAAGCGAUGAAGGGCACGUUGGCAUACUCUGACGCUGUUGACAAGACACAUUGUUGCGCGACGAAAUGAGAUGAACUGUGACACGAAGAAGCACUACGCCUUCAAUUAUUCGUGCAUGCAUGCCGUAGUGCGUGCAAUGAUGGUUUGUGCACGGCUGCUUCGUAGCUUCGUAGCUAUGGAACGCUUGACCGUGUAUGCAUACGCUCUCCUUUCGAACUUUUGUAGUCUUGGCGGACGAGGAGGGAUAUGAUUGUCAUAGCAUAGCAAAUUUCAGCAUGCGCUUUGAAAUGCUCUCUGGGACUUUCCAAACGCGGAGAGAUGAGAUGAGAUGAGAUGAGAUGCCAUGCGAUGCCAUGCGAUGCGCACAGUAUGCGAACACCGCGUUUAUCAAUCAUAAAAAGCAUACUCAUACUGGUUGAAACAAAGCAGGCAACUAACUAACGGAUUAAAUCAAAGCAAGCGAGCAACCGACUCAAUCGAACAACAUGGAAGAAACAGUAAGACAUGACGUUGCAGAUAAUGCGAUUGUGAAUAACUACGUCUUCGUAUGCAAUUGAAAGCAAAACUGCGAACAACUGUGGAGCCGUCUGUUCCAACAAGGCCAAUCGUCCCAAAUCCAAAUCACAGACAAAAAACGAAACCAGUUGAUUUUUGAAUACCCCCAGUAUCUUGAAAGGCGUAGUCAGAACCAUUUCAAUGUCAAAUUGUGGAGAGUAGAACAGGCAAGAAAACGAUGAAAUUUCUCGAGCAAGCGCAGACGCUGUACGAGGAAGGUACUGUCUCCUCGCAAACAUCGUACUAGGCAACCGCAGUAUCCAGCAAUACUUUGCCGCGCCAACUUCCGUAUUCUUGUUUGACUAUCGUACAUUGUGUUUUGCGAGGAUGUCUCUGCUGUUGAAAUAAUUCAAAUUCAAUCAUAGUAUUCUACAAUUUCUAAAUUACAUUUCAAUAAUUUAGCAUAACGGGA